AUGUCUUUCGGUGGUCGGAACAAGACACCGUGUAAAUACUUUCAGCAGGGAAGGUGUAAAAAAGGGAAUAGCUGUACUUUUGCUCAUGUAUACACUGGAGGUAACAAUGGAGGUAACAAUGGGAAUAAUGGGGGAACAAACAGCGGAGACAGAUACCAAACUUUCGUGAAUGCUUCAAAUUUGGGAAAAUAUGCUAAAGAAAUUGAAGAUGACAUGUCUUCCUGCUCAGAACUAAGAUUUCAGCCCUUAACUUCAAGUUAUGGACUUGGAAAUCCGUGUGCAGUAAAUCUAAUCCAGGGUAGGGACCUUUCACCUGAAGAAUCGCGACUCCUAUUUUACCAAUCCCAGAUGCAAAACUCCAUACCGGCAUAUGACGUCCAAAUGAAAGCCCGAGCUUUGGACAUAGACCAGUGUAGACGGUACGUUGCAGCAGAUACGCGGAAAGCUGCAAGGUACUUGCAACUAGCUACCCAGAAGACUAAUGAAACCGGCGCUUUGCCCGCCAGAGGGUUCAUCGAGCAUCCUCUAGACUUAACAGGAGAGUCGUAUUCGAAAGUUUCAAGUGCGGGCUCAACUAAUCUAUUUGGCAGUGCACCUGCUCCACAAACCAGCCACACGUUUGGACAACCAAUUAGUGGAACCCCCAGUGCUACCACGGGUGCGUUUGGAUCCUCUAGUGCUUUCGGUGCGCCGUCUUUCGGGUCUUCCAGCAUGAGCGGAGCCUUUGGACAACCUAAAUUUGGUUCCGCGCCAGCACCGAACGCUUUCGGAAGUAAUGCGACAACGGCGUUUGGUGCUGCGCCGGGAUUCGGUACUAAUAACAGCCCCUUUGGUAAUCAAACUGCUAAUGCACCAGGGUCAGCCUCAGCUUUUGGACCACCUGCUUUUGGUUCGAACCUCAAUAACACAUCGGCAUUUGGGAAGCCAAGUUUUGGCUCCACUUCAAGUUCACAACCUUCUGCUUUUGGCCAAAACAACCCCACACCGGGCAUCACAGGAUCCCAAACAUCAUCGUCAUCGCCAAUUGGCUCUGCAUUUGGCAAACCAGCUUUUGGCCAAAUAGCAGGGUCUUCGCCUUUCGCAGCAGUCCAAAAUGCUCAAACCUUACCGUCUCCAUUCGGUUCUGCUGCAACCACAAGUAAUGCAGGCAACCCAAGCGGUGCGUCAUCGGCAUUUGGUUCCAGUGCCUUUCAAAAUCCUGCAAAACCUGCCGAUUCAAACAAACCAUUUGGAUCGGCAUCUGCAAUACAAUCUGGUGCAUUCGGGUCUUCUGCUGGAUUUCCAUCAAACUCUCAAACUACACCAAGCCCUUUUUCUUCAACACAACCAAAUGCCUUCACGGCACAAGGCCCCACACAACAACAACAAUCACAAGCACAACAUAACCCUGGACCUAUGAAUCCACAUGCAAAGACUUUCGUUCAAGGUCUCCCAAUGGAACAAGAAAUAUCAGAAUCAGAUCUGCCGAAGGAGGUCAUUGAAUAUUUUAGAAGCGAACGUUUCGCUUUGGGGAAAGUUCCAGACAUCCCACCUCCUGCUAUGCUAAUUAACUAA